CGCGACGGCGCUGCGAGUUUGACAGCAGCAGGAGAAAGAGAAGAGAAGAGAAGCUGCGGUGCGCGCCGACAAACAACACACUAAACGUAGGCUACACCAGUCCCAUGAAACUGGACAGGUCGAGGAUUCAUCACUGGAAUCGCAUCCACACUAUUCUGAGCUGCUGACAUCUGGUCAGAACCGGAGAAUCCACUCUUUCAUACAGUCGAAACAGUCUUGCUGGCUAAUCGUGGAUGCCCCUGUAUGUUUGAAUGAUCACAUUGAGUGCGAAUCACAAGGCCCAGUUGCUUUGACCUGGAGCGGAAGGAUUUUCAUGUAACACACCCUGCCAUGGAUAUGAAGAGGAGUUGCACGCUCUGUGGAGGAGCUGUGAUGCUGCUGCUGCUGGGUCACAUGACCACUGCAUUAGAAGUGCCUCUAGACCCUAAAGUUCUGGAGGGAUUGCCUCAGCCUCCCACAAUAACUCAUCAGUCCCUCAAGGAUUACAUCAUCGACCCUCGGGAGAACAUCGUUAUCCACUGCGAGGCGAAAGGAAAGCCUCAUCCCAGCUUUUCAUGGACACGUAAUGGCACUCAUUUCGAUGUGGAAAAGGAUUCCAAAGUUAUCAUGAAGCCCAACUCAGGCACUCUGGUCAUUGACAUCAGCGGAGAGAAGGCAGAGGCGUAUGAGGGUGUUUACCAGUGCAUCGCCCGCAACGAGCACGGCUCUGCCAUGUCCAAUAACAUUGUCAUCCGUCAGUCAAGGUCCCCCUUGUGGUCAAAGGAGAAAAUUGAACCAAUCACGGUGCAGAGGGGAAUGUCUCUAGUGCUGCAGUGCAGACCCCCGGCUGGCCUGCCUCCUCCAAUCAUCUUCUGGAUGGAUAACAAUUUCCAGAGACUUCCCCAAAACAGUCGUGUAUCCCAGGCUUUAAACGGAGACCUGUAUUUCUGCAACGUGCUUAUGGAAGACACCAGAAACGACUACAUCUGCUACGCCCGCUUCCCACACACUCAAACUAUCCAACAGAAACAGCCCAUCAAUGUCAACGUGCUGGACAUUGAAGCUAUGAAUGACACUGUGUUGGCAGCUUUUUUGAAUGGCUCAGAUUUUUGGGGUGACAGUCCAUCUGGGGAGAGAGCACCCACUUUCAUGAACCCACCAGGAACGCACAGUACCACCAUGGUUCUGAAAGGAGACACGUUGCAGCUGGAAUGCAUCGCUGAUGGCCUUCCAACGCCAGAUAUCUCCUGGAGCAAGGUGAACGGGGACCUGCCAAGCGGCCGUUUUUCAGUUCACAGUUUCCAGAAAACUCUGAAGAUAACGGAGGUGACAGAAGCGGAUGGGGGAGAUUACCGCUGUUUAGCCAAGAAUCGCCUGGGGAGCAACCAUCACAUCAUCACUGUAGUGGUCAGAGCGGCUCCCUUUUGGAUCAGUGCCCCUCAGAACCUCAUCUUGGCCCCGAAAGAAUCUGGAAUGCUCACCUGCCGGGCAGAAGGCAACCCUAAACCCACGGUCACAUGGUCUGUCAACGGAAUUCCCAUUGAAAACUCACAUAAGGACCCCAGUCGGAAAAUCGAAAAUGGCAAUAUCAUCCUCAGUGAUGUUCAGACCGGCUCAAGCUCUGUUUACCAGUGCAACGCCUCCAAUGAGUACGGUUACCUGCUGGCCAAUGCCUUUGUCAGUGUCUUGGCUGAACCUCCAAGGGUGCUGACUCCUCCAAAUCAUGUGUACUCAGUCGUCACUAACAGUAGGGCUCUGUUAGACUGUGCUUCGUUUGGCUCGCCACUUCCAAAGAUCACAUGGUUUAAAGACAGUCAGAGCAUAGUGGAUGGCGACUCGUACAUCAUUCAUAAAAACAAUACCUUAGAGAUCAAUGUGGCUCGGCCACUAAACAGUGGCAAAUACACCUGCAUUGCCUCAAACAGUCUUGGAAACAAAGAAAAUCAUGUUUACCUGGAAGUGAAAGAGGCUACACGGAUCAUCAGACAGCCUGGGUAUAAAGUGGUCCAGAGAAACAGCAUGGCUGUGUUUGAGUGUAAAGUCAAACAUGACCCCUCUCUCUUUCCCUCCAUGAUAUGGCUCAAAGACAAUAUGGAGCUUCCCGACGACACUCGAUUUGAGGUGGGCUCUGACAGCCUGACUAUACAUGACGUGAGAGAGGACGAUGAGGGCAACUACACCUGCAUCAGAAACACCACCCUUGACCAAGAUUCAGCCAGCGCCAUGCUCACAGUAGUCGAGGCCACACCAACGCCACCUAUAAUAAUGGAGCAACCAGACCCGCCCACAGACCUGGAGCUGACAGACCAACGAGAGCGCAGUGUUCAGCUUACAUGGACCCCUGGUGAUGAAAACAAUAGUCCUCUUCAAUUGUUCCUGAUCCAAUAUGAAGAUUCGCUCCACAAGCCUGGAGUAUGGGUCAAUAUGACUGAAGUCUCAGUAACCAGCACCACAGCACACCUGGAGCUUUCCCCGUAUGCGUAUUACUCCUUCAGGGUCCUGGCACUCAAUGACGUGGGACUGAGUGAACCCAGCGCUCCAUCCAGACAGUACAGAACCAACCCUGCACGGCCUGACGGGAAUCCAUCAGACGUUGAAGUCAUUGGAACGUCACCUGACAGUAUGACAAUAACUUGGAGGGAGCUGACUGGGCUGGAGUCGAACGGUCCAGGCUUACAGUACAAGGUGAGCUGGAGACAGAAAGAUCUGGAUCAGCAAUGGACUUCACUCACUCUGGCCAAUGUCUCGCAAUAUGUGGUGACAGGAACGCCCACUUUUGCACCCUAUGAAGUCACCGUGCAAGCAGUCAAUGACUACGGUUCUGGUCCCAGACCAGAAGUGGUGCUGGGAUACUCAGGAGAAGACUUACCAAAUGUGGCCCCAGAGAACGUAAAAGUUUCGGUUCAGAAUGGGACAGUGGCCGAAGUGCGCUGGGACGCUGUUCCUCUUUCAACAGUACAAGGGCGACUGAAUGGAUAUAAGGUGAGUUACUGGAAAAUGAGAAGCCUGCACAAGCAAGACCCUGAGCCCGUGAAACCACAGGAGCUCAUCUUUCACGGGAGUGAGCCGGAGGGUCUUCUGAUCGGCCUUCAUCCCUACAGCCAGUACACCCUCAACAUUAGAGCCUUCAACAGGAAAGGAGACGGACCCACCAGCUCCAAUCACAUAUUUGAAACACCAGAGGGAGUUCCUGGGCCUCCUGCAGAUUUAAAAAUCAAAAAUCUGAACCUGGACUCAUUGAUUGUGAAGUGGGUGCCACCUGUAGAAUAUAACGGUCACUUGACAGGAUACUUGCUCAAAUACCAGCCUAUCAAUACAACAGAUGAACUUGGGCCGCUCAAAGAGCUGCUUCUACCAGCAAACGAGACCAGCAUCACUCUGGAAAACCUCAAGCACAGCACUCACUACAAGUUCUAUUUGAACGCCAUGACUAUCAAGGGCUCUGGCCCCACUGUCACAACAGAGGGCUUCACAAUGGUGGACGAAGCGCCUCCUGCUGGUCGGAUGUUUGGGAGCGUGAACUCCUCGGUGGAGGAGGACCAUGCUGUGAUAAGCUGGGAAUACUCGGGGCCGGAUAGGAAUGUUUAUGUGGAAUAUGUUGUUGAUAACAGUAAAGAACCCUGGAAAACAGAGUUUGUAAAUGGCACUCGGACAUAUCAGAUUAAAGGACUAAAGCCGGGGAUGUCCUAUAGGGUUCGGGUGGUAGCCAAAGACCACUCGGACACUACGGUCCACAGUACAGAGGAGAUGUUGAUUACAGUUCCAGCCAUGACUAGCAAGCAGGUUGACAUAGCCACGCAGGGCUGGUUUAUCGGGCUGAUGUGUGCCAUUGCUUUGCUGAUCCUGGUGCUCCUCAUCGUUUGCUUUAUAAAGAGGAACAAAGGAGGCAAAUAUCCAGUAAAAGAAAAAGAAGAUGCCCAUCAAGACCCAGAAAUCCAGCCCAUGAAAGAAGAUGAUGGGACAUUUGGGGAGUACAGUGACACGGAGGAUCACAAGCCCUUGAAAGGCAGCCGGACCCCAUCCAAUGGGACGGUCAAGAAGGACGACAGUGACGACAGCCUGGUGGAUUACGGCGAGGGAGGAGACGGCCAGUUCAACGAGGAUGGCUCAUUCAUCGGCCAGUACAGUGGGAAGAAGGAAAAAGACACGGCGGAGGGCAACGAGAGUUCGGAGGCUCCGUCUCCGGUCAACGCCAUGAACUCCUUUGUGUAACUGACCUUUGACCCAUCCAACACCCCACCUCCUUGUCACACCAUCAUAUGGAGAACAGUCUCUAUUGCACUGUGACCCCCUAACAUCACAGCAAAAUAAAUAAAACAAACGCCCCUAAUGAAAGACAGUGAGAAUGCGAGAUGAGGGCCAGUCCAAGCUUCACCGCGAUUGGUCGGAAUGAGAGUCACGUGAUAUUGAGACAUAUUAAGUGUAUUAUCUCACAGCGAGCAUACAUAUAUAUUGAUAUAUGUGUACAGGAAUAUAUAAAUUGACAUAUAUUUUAUUAACAUGGCCCCGUUUACGUCAGAUGGCAUUGUAUCACACCAUCUUGUCCCUUGGACUCGCAUGGAAUCAGUAAUUGACGUCACACCCUCAGCAUUAAGGUGCGGUCACAUUUACAGUUAUUCUGCAAAUUUUCACAAGCAAAAUCCAAUCGUUUCAGUAGGAAUCGGUUCGAUUUUCCAUUAGUAAACAGGUUCAAGUUUUCACGGAUUCAAAGUGACUUCUGUGUGAACAGUGCCUCAUUCAUGGCUACACUAUUGACAAUAUACAAUGGACUUUUUUGCGCGCAAAACUUCGCUAAUGUGACCGCACCUUUAGCCAGCGUUGUGGAGACCGUGAACCUCGUCUGACUAUAUGAUACUCACUUUUGCUUCACAGCUAAUGCCUGUUGCGUUCUGUCGUCAGUGUUCAAAUCGGUAUUAUGCGCAUUUCAGGCACCAAUGUCUUUGUGGGCAUUGUUGUGAAGUAUGUAAUACGUGUAAAAGCUGUUCUUAGGCGUCAGAAGUUUUGAAUAUA